UUUCCUGGGUGGAAGUAGAAUCGGGAUAAUGUGAAACUACGGAAAUUAAAAAUGCAUAAAUGACUACAAAGAAACAAACGGCACCAACAAAAAAUGUGGUUUUGAUAGUUAAAAAGGUACAAGGAGAAUGAAAAUAUAGACGAUUUAAUUUUUCUCAAGAAACGAGUAGCAUUGGAGGUGUGACCUACACUAACUCAUACGGCCUCAUAUGCAUAUUACUACGUCAUCACUGUGCGCCUGCUAGCAAAAAAGACCCUUACACUUCGGAAUGCACGUGAGUGUGUUGUCUAGAAGUGUGUUGGGUUCCUUCUCUGGUGAAACUCGAGUUAACAGGCACGUAGCUCCAUUUAUUUCGUCUUAUAACGUAAACAAGUUUCCGCGGCGCCAUUCGAGCAGCUCGGCGAUGGAGCAGGCUGCGGCACCACCGGCGGACGUAAACAUCCCGGGGUCAGUGGAGGAAAGCGCGGCGACUGAGGCGACAGAAACCGGCAAACGCAAAAACAGCGAGCCGGAGGAACCGGAGACGAGAAGCCGAGGAAAGAGGCGAAGAGGUGCGGGAGGAAAGAAUCUCCGUAAGGGAGAGAGGUACAUCCCCCCGCCGCAGAAACGCAACCCCGGCGUCAGCUUCAGCCAGGAGCAUUUUGACGAGACGUCCUACUACUUCGAGGGUGGCCUUCGUAAGGUGUAUCCGUAUUACUUUGACUUCAAAACCUACUGCAAAGGUCGGUGGAUUGGGAAGAGCCUCAUGGAGGUGUUUAAGAGUGAGUUCAGAGUCUGUUCCUUAGAGUAUUAUGAGAGGGCAGCCAAGAUUGGUCGAAUACGGCUCAACGACAGUCCAGUGGAGGACCUGUCCGUGGUGCUAAGGAACAACGACUACAUGAGGAACACCGUGCACCGCCACGAGCCACCUGUGGUUGGCAAGCCCCUGGAGGUUCUGGUUAAUGAUGGGGAGGUGCUUGUGGUCGACAAGCCCGCUUCAAUCCCCGUGCACCCCUGUGGCCGUUUCCGCCACAACACAGUGAUCUUUAUUCUGGGAAAGGAGCAUGGCAUUUCUGAGCUUCACACAGUCCAUAGGCUGGACAGACUCACCUCUGGAGUCCUGCUGUUUGCCAGAACACUGGAGAAGUCCCAGAAACUGGACCAGCUGGUGAGAGACAGACAGGUUGAAAAGGAGUAUGUGUGCCGAGUGGAUGGGGAGUUUCCAGAGGGUGAGCUGAUCUGUGAGGAGCCGAUCCUGGUUGUGUCCUUUAAAAUCGGCCUCUGCCGUGUUGACCCAAAGGGAAAGGAGUGUCGUACCGUCUUCCAGAGGCUUAGCUUUAAUGGGAAAACAAGCGUGGUCCGAUGUUUACCCCUGACCGGCCGCACACACCAGAUCAGAGUUCACCUUCAGUACUUGGGCUUUCCUAUCGUCAAUGAUCCUAUCUACGGGUCCUCAGCCUGGGGGCCUCACAGAGGGAAGGGUGGACUUUUAGAAAAGAGUGAUGAGGAGCUGCUGCAGGCCUUUGUGGAAGAACAACGCUCUCAGGAAAAUCUGAACCUGCUAGACAUUGCAGAUGACUGCAUUGGGGCGAUACAAGAGGCAAAGAAAAACAAGACAGUCGAGAAAAUGGACAAAUCCGAAGGAGCCUCUGAACCUGACAAGAGUGGAGAAAGUUGUGAGACACGUGCUGAUGCUUCUGCUGGUGACAAUGGCCUAGAUAGCACAGAGGUAGUUAACACUAACAUUUCACCUGAAGAAUCUGGGAACACUCUAGCAGCCACAUCAAACGGAAAUCCAACAGAAACUAAUGAAUCUACUCAGGAAACUCCUCCAGGGGCUCGAGACCCCCUCUGUAGUGAAUGUUUACUGGUACGUCCAGACCCAACAGAGAAGGAGCUUGUCAUGUAUCUCCACGCUUUACGCUACAAAGGACCUGACUUUGAAUACGCCACAAGCUUACCCGACUGGGCCAAAGAGGACUGGAUCGAACCGGAAUAGAGCUGACCCCAUUAACUCCUUUAAAAGAUUUUAUUUUGAGGCUUUUUGAGUUUACUGUGAAUAAUUUUUCAUCAGUAAAUUCUCAGAGGUCAGUGUUCAAUGCCAAUGGCAAAAAAAUUGUUUUCAGAUUUAUAUAUAAGCGGAAUUAGAUUAUUUCCCAUUUUACUUUGAGGGCUGUUUUGAGUAGGCAGUCGUGUUGUUUUAAUUUCAUUUCAUCCUUGAAGCCUGUAAACUCUCUGGAACAACAGCCAAGAUGUUGAAAUAAACAAAAAUCCAGUCUGCAGGAAAAUAAA